CAUGGAAUCAUUCAUUUUCAAUUUUUAGCGGCUUUUCCAUUGAUGGCAUUUUAAAUAACAAUAAUUGUUAUUAUUGCUACUUCGAAAAUCAACUUUCGCUACUUGAACACCGACCGGCUUAUUUUACUAUCAAUGAUAGUAUUUGCUCCGGUCGAGAAUGACUGCGUGACACACUCUCACCCAUUGUGCCCGUCUUAAAUUCCCACGAUCCAGUAAUUAGCUCUGAGACUCAGGCAUGCCAUCCUCACAUUCGGCACGCAAGUGCGCAUCACACACUGCAAAUGAAGCGCACAAUCCGUAAGUCAUGUCCAGUUCGAACCACCGGAAUGGAAAAUACGGUCCUCGUAAAACGUGAUCGCUUCCAGCUUUAGUAUUACAACUUACCUAAAACGGAUAGGAUGCUCCCGUCUUUCAAUCGAAAACUUGCGUUAAUUUCCCUGUUCGGAUUUACGCUGGCGAGUGCUACCUUGCCUCGUCGAACAACGCGAUACCGUCCUCCGAGACCACGAUUCGAAGUGUACCAACCGCAAGGGCUGAUCGUCUGGAUUCCUGCCGAGAGCGGUAUUACUUCAUUCACUUUCCAUGGCAAAGCUAACCAGCGCUUCGUUGAUGAACACGAGGUUGGCCAUUGGGCCCAAACUAUUUCCCGAUCAAAGGAUGGUCGCUUUCUAUUCGUGGACCGAAAAGCUGAACUGAAAAUCGGUGACGUCAUCUACUUUAAAACGAUCAUCACGCACAAUGGAGUUACGUAUCGUGGGAACUUUGGAGUUCACGAGGUCAGUAAAUACUCUGGCACAACACCGCGAGCGGAUGGCGGAGGUGGGAGGAAAACUACUACGUUGCCUCCGUUCGUGUAUAAGAACAACGAACGACGAACUAAAGGUGUAGAUCCGGAUACGUAUGUGCCCAUGGGACCCUUUGAAUACGAGUCGAGAGAGUUUCAUUCACCAACGUUGAUACGAAGCCGCACAAUUUCUACUCAAACAAGUGCCGAGGAACUCGGUUACAAAGAGUGUGAUAGAGCACAUACGCAGGUGAAUGGGAGGAAAGUGUGCUCCGGAAAAUUGAUUUUUGAGGAAACUUUCGACAGCGGUACACUUAACGAGCGGAGGUGGCGAAUCGAGAAUCGAUUUGCGUCAGAUCCGGAUAACGAGUUCGUCGUUUACGCGGAUUUCGAAGAGAACAUUCAAGUGCGCAAUGGAAAGUUGCUCAUCAAGCCGACACUGUUCGAGAGCAAAUUCGGACCCGGUUCGACCAACACAAAGUUCAUGUUUGCCUCCGAGUGUACUGGAAUGCUCAACUCGCGAGAUUGUAUCCGGGAUCGAAAGAUAGAUUUCGACAUGAUUCCACCUGUUCUGUCUGCGCAAAUUUCCACCUUCAAUUCGUUUAAAUUUAUGUAUGGAAAAAUUCUAAUACGAGCGAAGUUACCCAAAGGAGAUUGGAUUUUUCCUCAGCUCUACCUUAAACCGCGCAAUGAGUUCUAUGGGCGCGAUGAAUAUUCCUCUGGAUUGAUGCGUGUAGCUUUCGUUCCGGGUGGACCCCGGCUCCGGAAUCAACUUUCUGGUGGAGUGCUUCUGAAUAACGCUGAACCACUUCGAUGCUCAAAAAUGUGUACACUUACGCGUCCCCGCAAUUGGAGUGAUGAGUUUCAUGAAUUUGGCCUUACCUGGAGUCCAACCGGCAUCUAUAUGGAAGUAAACAAAGAGGUGUACUGUCAUAUUGACCCAGAGGAAGGCUUUUACCAGGAAAUGCGAGCCACGAAACCACAAACAGCAAAUCUUUGGAAAUUAAGCGGAAAUCGUAUGGCACCAUUCGACAAGGAAUUCUACAUUAGUUUGGGGGUAGGAGUUGGAGGACAUUACGAUUUCCAUCUACUCUCGGAGAAGCCGUGGAAAGAUCUAUCCGUUAAAGCAAUGCAUUCGUUUUGGAGUGCACGUGGCACUUGGUAUCCUACCUGGAAUUCGAACAGUACUCUACAAGUGGACUAUAUUAAAGUAUACGCUAUUUAAACGUUAUAAUAAUCAUCGCAUCCGUUUCUGCGAAAAGGAGCAUUUUGAGUAAACACAUUCUCCCUAAUUAUAUUUUUCUAGGUGGUAAUUCAAUACUUUCCAAAAAUUACUCACAUGAUUAAAUGCCAAAACCUGUACUCAUCUCAGUCUGUAAAAUGUAUUAUCUCUUAUAAAUACAC